CAGAAACGUGUUUCCCGCUGAGCACGAUUGCAGAGCGAGUCAAAGCCCCUGCGAAACCUGGCGCAAUGGCCGUCGAGGACGGCCAAAGCAUCGGGGAUGUGUGCCAUGCAAACUCAAGGCUUCUUACCUUCUACCGAUGGACGCGCCGCGGAAGACAGCCGAGUGGGGGUAAGUAAAUCUUGGAUCUGGGGUGUUUCCUUCGAGAAUUAGAUGCCAGGAUUGUCUUGUGCUCUAGGCCUUUGUUUGAGCCGGCGAGGCUUAACAGCGGACGGAAUUUUGCAAACGGGCUUCGCCACAAGCACUUGACAUCGUGAUAAUAUCACCGAGUGAAGAACGUGAUCGCCGCUCCUCGCGCUAUCAGCAAGACUUCAUCAAUUAGCUCGGAACCAAGCUAGACUAGGACACCAAAACUUCGACAUGACGGACUUCAAGACAGAAUCACCACCACCGGCGACGCCAGCCUUUCUCAAGCUCUCAUACCCAGCUCCCCGCGUAUUGCUUGUGCGCAUGGACAGGCCAAAAGACCUCAACGCCAUGUCCACAGCGGCCCAGUGGGAGAUGGACUCAAUCUGGAAAUGGUAUGACCAAGAACCCAAUCUCAGCGUCGCAAUCAUCACAGGCACGGGAAGGGCCUUUUCGGCCGGAGCAGAUCUCAAGGAGUGGAACAACAGCAUGGCCGCAGACGCCGAUCCAAGCCAGCGCAUGGGCAAUGCGCCUGCUUUCAAGCCGUUGAGUAGGAGAUUGGGCAAGAAACCAGUCAUUGCGGCCGUCAACGGUCUCGCCAUGGGUGGCGGGUGCGAGUUCAUCGUCAACUGCGACCUCGUCGUCGCUGCUGAGGACGCUUACUUUGGGCUUCCCGAGGUCAAGAGAGGCAUCGCGGCCAUAGGCGGAGCUUUGCCGCGACUCAUACGGACCAUCGGACUUCAGAGAGCAAGCGAAUUUGCGCUUACAGGGCGCAAUGUCUCAGCGCAAGAGAUGGAGCAAUGGGGCAUCGUGAACAAGGUGGUGCCCAAGGAAAAGGUCGUCGAGGAGGCGGUGCGUUAUGCUAAGAUGAUUGCAGCCAACUCCCCGGAUGCCAUUAUAUGCACGCGAGCUGGUUUGAGGCAGGGCUGGGAGACGGCAUCCGUAGAGCGGGCAGUCGAGUGGACGCUGGAGAAGGAGUUUGCGGAGCUGCAAAGGGGCGAGAACAUGCUCGAAGGCCUCAAAGCAUUCUCUGAGAAACGAGAUCCCCGUUGGAAAGGUAGCAAGCUGUGAGAAGGAUGGGGUCUACACUAAUUCCAAACAUGCCGUUCGAAAGGAAAAAGAAGAUCCCGUCUGAUGGGAAACCCGGACGAACUAGAUCUGUGUGGCCCUCUUCCCCAAAGCUUUUGCUCGACCACCGUCUAGACUAAUCAAACCCGUCGUCCGAAACCGGUUGAGAUCAACUAGCUAGGUUCGUCCUUCUUUGUAAAUAGUCGAUAUGUAGAAUAAC